CGGUCGCCAUUUUGUUUCUGUGCGAAGGGCGGGGACGGGUUUCGCUCAGCUCCUCGCCUGCCGUAAGUGACGAAGGUGACCUCCCCCCGCAUCCCGAUCCCUUGUCAGGGGCCGGGGGAGGCCGACGCCGUGGUGGACUCGAGCCGGCUGAGCUCGAAGCGGGUCACUUACCGCCUCGGCCAGGGCAGGAGGCUGCCCGAGGGCAGGGCCUGGCUGAGACCGUACAGAGUGAAGGUGGAGUAACACUGGGCUCCUGCUCAGCUGCUUUUCCAGUUGGCUACUUGAUGAUUUGGGAGGAGGAGCUUGGGAAUCUUCACUCCACAGCAGAGACCACCUCCACGUGGAGGUUGUGAGUUCAGGAAAAUAAGCAACAAGGGUCUUCAAUUUCAUCCUACUCAUCUCUUCAGGGUGUAGCAAUACUUGGUCUCCUCUUGCCUCAUCCCCUCCCCCUGUCCCCCGUGAUGAUGUGGGACCCCUGAAAUUAGUGGGGAGUUGAGUCUUCCCUUUCCUUGCAUUGGUCCCUGGUUAGUACUGACUGGGUCCCUUUUUGCAUUUAAUUUGUGUACACUUGGUAUGCUACGAUGGCACAGCUGAACCAUUGCAGUGCUUUAGCGUAGAUGCUGCGUAUGCUAAUGGGAGGGUGUUUUUCCUUUCUGUGGGUAAUCCACUUCCCUAAGAGGUGGUAGCAAGGUUGACAGAAGAGUUCUUCUGUUGAUUUAGCGCUGUCUACAUGGGGAUUUAGGUCAGUUUAACUACACAACUCAUGGGUGUGGAUUUUUCACACCCCUGAGUGAAGUAGUUAGGCUGACUUAAUUUUCUGGUGCACUCCAAGCCUAACAGCUGCCUCACUCUUGCAAGACUGAAUUGGUUAGGGUGUGAUGAUAAAAACUGGAGUCCUCAUUAAUUUGCAGCUGAAUGAAGGGAAGAGGAAAAUUCCUCAUCCCCAAAAGAGAGAAAUUGAAGUCCUUGAUUAUGAGAAGUGGAUAUAAAGAGGAAUGACUUUGGAGUAGGGAGUGGAGGCAAAAGUGCCAUGUGCCUGUCUCAGCAGUCGCUACAUGGAACACUUGACAGCAGAAACUCUGUAUCUGCUCCUGCACUUCUUUCUGGUAGAGCAGCCAACUUGAAAAAUGCCUGCAUAGUUCUGUGCUAAUGGAGUUUAUGAACUGUGGUUGGUAUGGAUUAUAGUACUGCGGUGCUGCAUAUUUACCUAGGCACUGAGUUCAGAAUGUGAUUCUAUAGAUAAUUCUAAAAUCUGGCUCCGUGUUACAAUGAGAUUGGCGAGAUAAAUCUGUGCAAUAUCUUAAAACUUACGUUCUGAAUUAAUAUAUAUAUACAGUCACUGGUUUAUAUAGUAGUUACAUAUAAAAUAAUGUAUAAAGAGCUAAUUGUAUAAGCUUUGUUAUAAUGUGGAUUUUAUUGGAAAAAAUGUUUGAAGACUGUUUACAUUUGAGUACCCAUGUUAAUAUACAGCACCAAAAACAACGGUUACAAGCGUACACUAGUUUAUGGCAUAAAGUUUGAAAAUAAACAUCACUUCUAUAAACUUCAGUUCUGUGUAAAUAAAUAUUUUUAAGAAAAUGUGCAUGUUACCUCACAGUCUUUUCCUUUGCACCAUACCAUUGCCUAUUCUCAUUCUUGUCCAUUCCUCACUCUCCUCAAAAGGACUGACUUAAGGGUUCUCUCACCUUCCUCGUAUUAGUGAAUUGGACAAUGAACAUUGAAAAAUGGAUUUUCACUUUAUUUUUUUAUUUUAACAAUGAACAAUGAAAAAUGGAUUUUCACUUUAUUUUCUUAAGUGAGGAGGUGGUUUUCUUUUCCUCCUCUCCACAAAGCAUAGUGAUAUGGAUGUGAGGCCUGAAGCUAGCAUCUCCACUUAGUGUGCUCCUAUGAGCCCCUACUGGCCAAUGACCAAGAAACCAUAUUCCAUAAAAAACCUGGAGGGAGGAGGUGUACUGCUGUUGGCUUUUAUGGAGGCAUGAGGGAUAAAUCUGGGCAGUGAAGAAAUUUUGUAUAGGACACUGAUGAUUCAAGGCUGCAUUUUGAUUGGCCAUAUUGCCCUUGAUGAUGUCACAGGUGUGCAUGACCUCUGAGCGGUUAUGUCAUAGAUACCUUUUCUUUUUAUGGAUGUUGGAGCUAAAGAAACUAACAAUAUUCUCAACUGAGGAAAAGAUGUAAAAUGAAAAUGAGUUUUCAAGGUCAUUGAGUCUCAUAGGUUCAGGACUUUAAAGAUUAUCAGUGCCUUGAUAUGCAUCUGGAAAUGAACAAGAAGACUUGCAAAGACUUGAACAAGUUUAGGGUGAAAAAAGUUUUAUGUACACAUCCAAGUCUUAAGAAGUCAGGAAAAAGAAAAAAGAAAACACAAAGCAUUUAUAUAAAACAAAUGCGACAUUCAAAACGAAGUCAUUGCUCUGAGUGGGAUGAUAGAAAGAGCUGGGAACAAGGAAAGCACAGUGCUCCCCAUAAACGCAAAAAGAGGUCCCACAGCAGUGUACAAGAAAGCAAACCCUAUAAAUCACAUCAUUUUGAAGUUUCAGACAGUCAUUAUUUGGAAGAUAGAUCCAUAAAUGAGAGAGAUCAUCAUGACCGGAGAUAUGUUGAGGAAUACAGAAAUGACUUCUGUGAAGUAUAUGACCACAGGCAUUAUCACAGAGACUAUGAAAAGAGUCACCAUCACCACUAUAGCAAAUCCUCUGGUCGAAGCAGAAAAAGUAGUCAUAAAAGGAAGCAUAAGAGACAUCAUUGCUCCAGUCACCAUUCACAUUCGAAGAGUCACCGAAGGAAAGGAUCCAGGAGUGUAGAGGAUGAUGAGGAGGGUCACCUGGUCUGUGAAAGUGGAGACGUGCUAAGAGCAAGAUAUGAAAUUAUUGCCACGUUAGGGGAAGGGGCAUUUGGAAAAGUAGUGGAAUGCAUUGAUCACAAUAUGAGAGGAAUGCAUGUAGCAGUUAAAAUUGUGAAAAAUGUUAGUAGAUACCGUGAAGCAGCCCGUUCAGAAAUACAGGUAUUGGAGUAUUUAAACACCAUGGAUCCCAGCAGCACGUUCCGCUGUGUCCAGAUGCUGGAAUGGUUUGAUCAUCAUGGUCACGUUUGCAUUGUGUUUGAGCUUUUGGGACUUAGUACCUAUGACUUUAUUAAAGAAAACAGCUUUUUGCCAUUUCAUAUUAAUGACAUUAGACAGAUGUCAUAUCAGAUUUGCCAGUCUAUAAAUUUUUUACAUCAUAAUAAGUUGACUCAUACAGAUCUGAAGCCUGAAAAUAUUUUGUUUGUGGAGUCUGACUAUGUAGUAAAGUACAACUCUAAAAUGAAGCGGGAUGAACGCACACUAAAAAACACAGACAUCAAAGUUGUAGAUUUUGGAAGCGCAACUUUUGAUAAUGAACAUCACAGUACUUUAGUGUCUACAAGACAUUACAGAGCUCCUGAAGUUAUUUUAGCGCUGGGGUGGUCACAGCCCUGUGAUGUUUGGAGCAUAGGUUGCAUUCUAAUUGAAUAUUACCUUGGUCUUACAGUAUUUCAGACACAUGAUAGUAAAGAACACUUGGCAAUGAUGGAGAGAAUGUUAGGGCCUCUACCAACUCACAUGAUUAAGAAAUCAAGAAAACGCUAUUUUCAGCAUGACCAAUUGGACUGGGAUGAACAUAGUUCUGCAGGUCGAUAUGUUAGGAGACGUUGUAAACCAUUAAAGGAAUUAAUGCAUUGUCAUGACUCAGAUCAUCAGAAUCUAUUUGACCUUAUUCGCAGAAUGUUGGAGUAUGAUCCAGCCAAAAGAAUUACUCUUGAUGAAGCCUUGCAGCAUCCUUUCUUUGACUUGUUAAAAAAUAAAUAAUUCAGAGAUCUUAUGUGUUUCUCCGAGGAGACUACAUAGACUGUGUCAGUCAACAGAGCUAGCAUGAGAUUUUUGUAAAUUUUAAUUUAUUUUGUACAGUUAAAUUUAAAUAUUUCCAUAUGUUUUGUAUCACAGCCAUGUUCAUCUUGUUGGUCAGUUAUGGUCUUAAUC